UGACACCUAUUGGUGAAGUCAAAAAUGGAAGACGGAAAAGUCUUUCUCUUUCCACUCCUUAAAGUCCCUUACCCAUUGUGGGUCUCCCUACCCUGUGAGUCAGGACUAAGAGGGGCAGAGGGAUCACUGCCAACAGUGUCAGGGGGUCUGUGAUGUGACAAUGACUGCCUGGCCUCUGAGGGCUACUGAGGACUGCCCAGUUGGGAAACAGCUAAGCAGGUUUGACCAGCUGACCUGCACUUGGCCAACAGUCCUGUCCUCCAUCAUGGCCACCCCACCAUUCUGGCUAACUAAGAAGAUGUUUCCCUUCAAAGUGGGCAAAUGGAUGGGGCUUGCUUGCUUUCGGUCAAUGGUGGGAUCCUCACCCAACAUACGCCAGAAGAAACUAAUCUGCAAGUUGCAGGAAGAUAAGGCUUUUCGGGAAGAGAUGAAAAUUUUUCUUGAGAAAAUAGAAGACUUCAGAGAAAAGAUGUGGAAUUUCCGAGGCAAGAUCCAUGCUUUCCGGGGUCAGAUCUUGGGCUUUUGGGAAGAGGAGAGACCUUUCUGGGAAGUAGAGAAGACCUUCUGGAAAGAGGAAAAAGCCUUCUGGGAAAUGGAAAAAUCUUUCCGGGAAGAAGAAAAAACCUUUUGGAAAAAGUACCGUACCUUUUGGAAGGAGGAUAAGGCCUUUUGGAAAGAGGACAAUGCCUUAUGGGAAAGAGACCGGAACCUUUUUCAGGAGGACAAGGCCCUGUGGGAGGAAGAGAAAGCCCUGUGGGUGGAGGAAAGAGCUCUUCUUGAGGAGGAAAAGUCCCUGUGGGAGGAUAAAAAGUCCCUCUGGGAGGAAGAGAAUGCCCUCUGGGAAGAGGAGAAAGCAUUCUGGGUAGAAGGUGGUGGCCAUAUUGCUGAGGAGCAGAUACCUGAAGACAGGCACCACAACAUCAAUGGAGGGCCCCAAUCACUGGCCCUCUUCCGAGGCAGAGCGUGAGAACAGGACAUGAAGGGACAUGGGGUCCAGACUCUGUUGGAUAGGGAUUCAAGUCCAGGGUGACCCAACGUGCUGGAGAAAAUAGGCCCUUGUUUGUCUCCUUGCUUCAAAAGACCUAAUAAAGUCCUGAGAAGAGGUUUGGGAAAACAA